AUGCGGGCCCCGGUUCGGCCCUCCUGGGGUCUGGCUUUGGUUCUUCUGGGCCUGGCUCCGCAGCUGCCCUGCUGGCGGUCCCGCAAGGAGGGCUGCCUACGUGCGGCCGACCUCCUGACCUGCGCGGGGCUGGGCCUGGAGCGGAUACCGGCCGAGGCACCGGAUGAUGCCGCCACCCUUGACCUGAGCCACAACCGGCUGCCGGCUCUGCGGACGGGCGCCUUCUGGGGCCCGCCGCGUCUGCGCGUACUGCGCCUGGCGCACAACCGGCUGACGGUGGUGGAGCCGGGUGCCUUCCAAAACUCCUCCGGGGAGUUGCUGCGACACUUGGACCUUUCGUCCAACAAGCUAAGGGCUGUGGAGGCCGCCGCCUUUCAGGACCUGCCGGGCCUGGAGGAGCUCCUGCUCUUCGACAACCUCCUGGCCGAGGUGGAGGGCGAGGGCCUGGCGGGGCUAAGCGCGCUGCGCCGCCUCUACCUGGGCCACAACCGGCUGACUGACUUUCCCUUCCGGUCCAUCCAGGGGCACUCCGAGCUGGUCUUGCUGGAUCUUUCGUGGAACCGGCUCCCCCGGCUGCCCCUGGAGGACCUGAGUGGCCUCUCGGUCGGACUGCAGCAGGGCCUGUACCUUCACGGCAACCCGCUAGUGUGCGACUGCGCCGCCUACCGAAUGUUCCGCCUCUGGGAGCUGCGAGGCUAUGCGGCGGUGAGCGACUUCCGCCGGGAUUACACCUGCCUGAUGUACGGGAUAAGCGGCGCAGCGGCGCGUUUCCUCCCAGAUUUUCCACAACCGUGCGACGCCCCGGUCAGGCUGGAGGUGGACGCGGGACGCCCCGCGUUGCUCCACUGCACCACAGCGCUAAGCGGCGAACACGUCACCUUCUUCUGGGUCUCCCCUAAGCUGGAGUACGUGGCGCCGCCCGGCAACGGCGGCUCGCUGAAGGCUUUCGCCAAUGGGAGUCUGGAGAUCUCUCUGGCCCAGGCAGAGGAUUCCGGGCUCUACCUCUGCGUGGCCCUGGACGCGACCGGGCGGCGCAACGAGACGCGAGAGGUGGAGGUGACGGUGAGAGUCCCGCACACGGGGGCUGAGCACGAAUCCUUCAACACCGGCUACACCACCCUGCUGGGUUGCGUGGUCAGCCUUGUCCUGGUACUCAUGUAUUUGUAUCUGACGCCCUGCCGCCGCACCCCCCGCAGCGAAGGGGCCUCCGCCCGGGUCGAAUCAGAAGGCGCUGUUUCUUCCACCAACAAACACGUGGUCUUUCUGGAGCCGGCGGAAGAACGGCGGAACGGGCGGCUCGGUUCGCGGAAAAAGCUCCCGGACGAGCCCCCGAAGCAGCUGUAG